GUACCGCACUACAAUCGGCUUCUGUUUGAUGUUUCCCUACGUGAAUUGAGCCUGAAACGUUUCUCCGAUCGGUGUCUGUCCUGUAAAAUGUGACUUCCCGCCGCGGUGAGACUCUAACGGAGCCUCGGUGACGGUCGGUGCCGCGGAGGGAAGCCGGGAGGCAGCGGGUCCGUACCCAGAGCGGCGGUGAGUCCGAACCGCUACAUGCUAAUGCUACUUGCUAAUGCUAAUGCUACGUGUCCACCAGCUGGCUAACGGAGCUAGCUAACGGAGCUAGCAUGGAUCCACAGCUGUAACCGGGACUUUAACGGCUCACAGUCACUGAGCAGAUGUUCAGCAGCUGGAAACUGGCGCCGCGGAGCCAACAUGGAGGACGGUCCGGUGUACGCGAGCUAACCGAGAGGAGAUGGAGGCUAAUUUAGGAGUUCCGUCUGAGUUUUAGUUCAACUGGAGUCUAAAAAUGAUGUAUUCAUCGAGGAGGAAGCCUGUUCUCUACUUCAAGGAGGAGAGGAGAAGUGACACAGCUAAAGUUCUCCACCAGGAAGAGACGUUCCUGUCUGGUAAAUGUACCGUCUACAAGCUUUUCGGCCUCUGCAUGGUUCUGGUUCUGGUCUCUCUGCUCUGGCUGCAGCUCAGCUGUUCGGGUGACAUGUCCACCAUGACACCUGAAGACCCCCGUGUCCACCAGCAGCAGCCGCCACCGCCCUGCCCGGCUGACGGUCAGGCAUCUGCGGCGGAAGACCUGUCCUGGGGUCCUCAUAAACUGGCCCUGGUGGUUCCGUUCAGAGAGCGCUUCGAGGAGCUGCUGGUGUUCGUGCCCUUCAUGCACACAUUUCUCAAUAAGAAAAAGAUCCGCCACAAGAUCCUCAUCAUCAACCAGGUGGAUCACUACAGAUUCAACCGAGCAUCCUUGAUCAACGUAGGCUACCUUGAGAGCGGCAACGACACCGACUACCUGGCGAUGCACGACGUGGACCUGCUGCCGCUGAACGAGGCUCUGGACUAUGGCUUCCCCGAGGACGGCCCGUUCCAUGUGGCGUCGCCAGAGCUCCACCCACUGUACCACUACAAGACGUACGUGGGAGGAAUCCUGCUGCUCACGAAGAAGCACUACCACAUGUGUAAUGGGAUGUCAAACCGGUUCUGGGGUUGGGGAAGAGAAGAUGACGAGUUCUACCGACGGCUGAGAAAAGCAGAGUUACAGCUGUUCAGACCUCAUGGCAUCGACACCGGAUAUAAAACCUUCCUGCACAUCCACGACCCGGCCUGGAGGAAACGGGACCAGAAGAGGGUCGCCGCUCAGAAGCAGGAGCAGUUUAAGGUGGACCCGGAGGGAGGCCUGACCAACCUGCGGUACCGGGUGGAUUCCCGGCAGGAGCUGAGCAUCAGCGGAGCUCCCUGCACCAUCAUCAACACCAAGCUGGAGUGUGACCAGAGCCUGACUCCCUGGUGUCUGCUUGGAUGAUGAGUUCCAGCGGUACGACCUGGAUUUAACCGGACUAACGAACAAACUACUAGAGGUACAACUGGACUGUAAGAACUGUGACCGACCGGAGCUGCUUCAGGACUUAUUCUGGAGUUAAAACUAAGUCUUGUUGUCGCUUCGUGCAAACAGAGCGAUGGACGCUUCAUGAACUAUCUGCUGCAUUAUGCUGUAACUUUUUUUGUUUUUUAGCUUUCUGUCCACGGUGAAGAUAAAGAUUUAACAGUCAAAUAUUUCAUAGUUUUUUUUAAAAUUUCUGCCUGACAGGAGAAGCACGAAGUAUUUCUUAUUUAAGUUUUCCUACAAUAGAUCAGUGACGUAUUACGUUCACCAAGGUAAAAAAAUACAGGAUUUAUUUAAUCAUGUUGACCUCUGUUGUGUUAUUUUGUGUUUAGAUUGUUGGUCAUUUCAGAGAAAAUCAACCAAAUUUCGACAAAAUCUCCCCAAAUCCUCCUCAGAUCCAUCUGGUUGUUCAUCUCCAGUAACUUUAUUUUCUACCAAAGACACAAGAUCCCCCCAAAAAGACCACAAAAUCACCACAGAUGACGUGAAAUAACCUCACAGAAACACUCAAAAUCAUGACAAAACAUACAAAAUCACCACAAAAACAUGCAAAAUCAAUUAUAACAGGCACAAAUCAUAAUGAAAAGACUCGAAAUUGUCAGAAAAAGACUCAAAAUCACCACCAAUUACAUGAUAUACCCUCAAAAAGACAUAAAAUCACCAUAAAAAGACAUAAAAUCACCAUGAAACGCCAGAAAAUCACUUCUAAAAGUUUUGAAACCGCCACAAAUGACAUUAAAUCGCCACUAAAAGCUGUGAAACCACCACAGAGUCAAAAUUACCACAAAAAUGCUGCAAAAUGACCACAAAGACACUGCAAACAAGCACGAAAAAACACAAAAUCAUGACAAAAAUGUGCAAAAUCCAUUCAAAAAGGUGCGAAAUUGCCACAAAAAGACUUAAAAUUGCCACAAAUUAUGUGAAAAGACAUACAAUCACCAUGAAACACCACAAAAAUGCUUCAAAAUGACCACAAAAACAUUGCAAACAUGCACAGAAAGACACAAAAGCAUACAAAAUCGCCACAAAAACGUGCAAAAUCAAUUAUAAAAGGUACAAAUCAUAAUAAAAAGAAUCAAAAUUGUCAGAAAAAGACUCAAAAUCACCACAAAUUACAUGAAAAACCCUCAAAAAGACACAAAAUCACCAUGAAACAUCAGAAACGCUUCAAAAUGACCACAAAGACACUGCAAACAAGCACGAAAAGAAAAAAAAUCAUUACAAAAAUGUGAAAAAACAAUUUGAAAAGACCCAAAAUCGCCACAAAUGAUUUGAAAUAACCUCAGAAAGACAUAAAAUCACCAUGAAAGAAAACUAAGUAAUGUAGGAGGCGUUUCUGAUCAUUUUAGGUGAGUUUUGGGGAUAUUUUGAAUGUCUUUUGAGACAUUUUGGGUACGUUUAGGGGAAAAAGGUCAUUCUGGGUAAACUUUAAGGCUGGUUUUGUAUCUUUUCUGACCAUGACUACCACAGUGAAUGCAUAGUCCUGACAGUGAAGCACAGAGGUGGGAAUUUAAUGAUAUGUAGCUGGAGAAAAACUAGAACAGAGGUCAUUCUGGGUAAACUUUAAGGCUCAUAUCAUCAUGUGUGGUAGAUGGUUGGUCAGAACAAUAAUUUUUACACACAUUUGGAUGAUUUUUGACAAUUUUGGGUCAUUUUUGGAGAAGUUUUUGUAAUUUUGAGCAAAAAUUGGGUCAUUUAGGAGACGUUUCUGAUCAUUUUGGGUGAGUUUUGGGGUUAUAUUGGAUGUUUUUUGAGUCAUUUUGCAUAAUUUUUGUGUCAUUCUGGGGAAGUUUAGGGGGAAAAAGUGCAUCCUGGGGAAACUUUUAGGCUGGUUUUGUGUCUUUUCUGACCUGGACCUCCACAUUGAAUGCAUCGUCCUGACAGUGAAGAACAGAAGUGGGAAUUUAAUGAUAUGUAGCUGGAGAAAAACUGGAAAAACGUGCAUUCUAGGUAAACUUUGAAGAUGAUUCUAGACGAUGAAAGCAGUGUUUGUACACACAGUUGGAUCAUUUUGACAAUUUUGUGUUAUUUUGGAGAUAUUUCUGAUCAUUUUGGGUGAGUUUUGGGGUUAUUUUGGAUGUCCUUUGACUGAUUUUGAACAAUUCUUGAGUCAUUUUGGGUAAGUUUAUGGGGUAAAAGUGUCUUUUCUGACCAUGACCACCACAGUGAAUGCAUAGUUCCAACAGUGAAGCAAAGAGAUGGGAGUUUACUGAUAUGUAGCUUUAGAAAAACCGAAGAAAAGUGCAUUCUGGGUAAACUUUGAGGCUCAUAUCAUCAUGUGUGAAAGAAGAAACCAGGGUUAAUUUUCCUAUAAAAGCUCCGUAUUUCUUUCCUUUGGUGAACGCAGUGACUUUCUUCCACUGAGCCAAACCCGAAGAACUUUUUAUUCAUGUUUAACGGAUCACAGGAAGGUUUUCAGAUUUCCGUGUCCAGAUCCUUCCUGCUGUUACAGAGAGGUCUGUUGUGUUUGCAAAUGAAUUAAAAACUCAGACGGGAUCCAUUUCUGUCCGUUUACAGUGUUCUUGGUGAGUCUUCAGGUGUUUGUUGACGAUGUUUAUUUAUGACCAUCCAACAUGUCUGAUUCAGAUUAUUUAAGCUGGAAUUUCCAAAACGUUUAUUUAGUUUUGUUUGUGCCUCAUGCAGACCUCCAGACUCUUAAAGUUUAGAUUUAUAUCAUGAAAAUAAAACUGAAAAAUCAA